CCCGCACAUAGUAAUUUCUGUGACUAUUUAAUACGCCUCAAACGUGAAUUGAAACUGGGUGCCUGAGUUUUGUUGGACGUCAAGCAAACUACCGUUUUCCGUCGAUUUUAUUCAUAGGUUUCUCGCUAUAUAAUAGUGUUUGCAAUCUGCAGAAGUGCCAUACUACCCUCUCUCACUUACUAACACAGGAUUUUGUAAUAAAAAGUACACCGCAACUAUACCAUGAAACGGACUUUUCCCACCGUAGAAACAACAACACGCAUUCUAAUUACAAUUUUAACCGCCGCCCCAUCCGCCAGCUUAGAUCCGUCCAAGUUCACAUUCUACAAAAUGCCGUACCCGCUCUCAGCGCCAUGCGACCUGUGCGAGGGUCCAGACGGCACCCUCUGGGGCGACGACUUUGCAGGACCCUUCAUCUUCCGCGUGGACCCCAACACCAGCCUCGUCGAACACUACCAGAUCCCGUACACCAUCCCCGCGCUCAACAUCACCCUUCCACCCGAGGUCGGGCAGAUCAUCGGCAGGACAGCUUUGGCCUGCGCCAUUCGACCCGGCGCCGACGGAAACAUCUACGCGGCCACCGGUACCCGAAACCAACUCGCUCGUAUCAAUCCGAAAACCCGGAAGAUCGAAAUAGUCGUCUCUCUGAGCGUCCUGGGGAACCUUCAACCAUUCAACGACCUCUACACCUCCCCCACUGGGAUGUGGUUCACCAUGACGACCGGCAACUUGAUCGGCUUCUACUGUUACAACACGUCUCGGGUCACAUUUUAUCGCGUUCCGACCCCGCUUGCUAUACCGUUGGGCAUAUACUACGCCUCGGAUGGCUACGUGUACUUCUGCGAGCUGUUGGGAAACAAAAUGGGCAGGCUUGACCCACGGACUGGGGUGAUAAAGGAGUACAUCAUACCCCUCGGAGGUCAAGGACCUGCCGUUGUCCGUGCGGAAACGCCCCCGCCCGCGGGUAAGAAACACCCUUACAUCUGGUUCACGUGCAGUUUGGGCAAUUCCGUGGGGAGGCUUGACCCCAACACGGAGACCGGCAAGAUCAAGUUGUAUUCCAAUCCGUUAGUGGGAGGGAUUCCGUCGGAGAAUACCGUGGAUUCGAAGGGGAAUGUCUGGUUUACGACUACGUUGCAGAAUACCUUGUGCAAGAUCGACCGGAAUGGUACUGUCAGUUACGUUCAAAUACCCGGGACGGUUCUUCUUGCUCCGAUAAGCUCGCCGCUGUACUUCGUGUUUGCCGUCAACUAUGGGCCGGGAAAUGCGCUGUGGUUUGACUUGCUGUUGGGAGGCAGGGUCGGCCGAUAUUCCUUGGCUGAAUGAAAGUUGCUACAAUGUAAACGCAUUCGCGGAAGCUGCAGUUCAAUUUGAAAGUUAUACCAUCUCGGAUAGGUGUAUCUGGUGGAGAUGAGUUGGAUUUCGUUCAGGACUAGACCCUAAUUUGCCCUCAUAGAAAGUCCGAUUCAGAUCAACACUGGGUGUGAUUGUGAACGCAAUCAAUUUAUUUUCACCUACGUAGAUAGUCUAAAUGACAUUCAAUCAGAAUUUUUGGACUGUGACGUUCUUCGGUCGAAUAAAUUGUGUGGAAAAAUGACCUCGCUUAGAUCGAGGAUCCCUGCCUGCCCAAAACAAUUUUUUCAGUAGGACUCAUUAAGAAAAUUUACGUCUAAACUACUAAUUUUUCCAGUUUGUAUUUUAGUAUUCACAUAGCAGUCAAUGACUUUUUUAUACUGAAGUCACAUUCUCUUUUUUGUAAACGAAAUGACUAAUUUUUAUUUUGUAAA